AUGGAUCAAAGCUCUGGUGUGGCCGACAUUGAAAGCGUCAAGUCCCUCUGCAAAGAAAACGUGGAUAAGAUCUUGGAAAAGGCGAGCGAGGAUGAUUUUGAUACUGACCUGGAAAACGACGUGAAGCCCACAGGAGAAACUCCAAGCGAGGAGCAGAUCUAUCGCCUGGCAUGUGAGGAACUGGGAGUCAGCCCCAUGUCUUACUUCAUUCGACAUCACAACGACACUCGGCUUAACCUGAACUACCGCUGUAUGUCAGCCAAAGCUCUGAAGGCCCUGUCGAUCGCGCUUGUGACCAAUACAGCAGUCACUAUACUGGAUCUGGAACACAAUGGGAUUGACGCCGAGGGGGUGCAGUACCUGAUGGAAAUGUUAGCAGAGAACUGCUUCAUCCAGACUCUGAACUUGUCCAACAAUGAGCUGCGGACUCAGGGAGCAAAGGUGCUGUGCAGAAAGCUUCCACUCAACAUCUCUCUCAAGUGCAUCAAGGUGGCAGGAAACAAAUUCACCAACAGUGAUGCUGCAUUUUUUGAUGACGUUUUAUCUAUUAAUUUCAGAAUUUCGGAGCUGGAUCUUAGCUACAAUGAGUUUGGAAAUAAAGGAGCAGAAUUCCUGGGACACAUGUUAGCAAACAAUGAAAGUUUGGAAAGAUUGAACCUGAGCUGGAACCAAAUCCAAACACAGGGGGCAGUGGCCAUAAGCGCAGGAUUAAGGAUCAAUAUCACCUUGAAGGUCCUUGAUCUUUCCUGUAAUGGGUUUGGGAAUGAAGGCGCGUUGGCCAUAGGAGAGACUCUGAAGUACAACAACACCCUGCUGGAGCUCAACCUCAGCACCAACCACAUCAACAAUGAGGGGGUUUCCAAUCUGUGCAAAGGACUGGAUGUCAACGACAACGUGAAGUUUUUGUAUCUGAAUAACAAUCCUAUAACUGCGGAAGGUGCCCUUCGUCUUUUGGAGGUCAUGCAAAAGAAUGACAAGACAAACCUGGAAACAAUCAGCAUUCAAAAUGUACUGGUGAAUGAAAAAUUCAUGGAACUGCUGAAGGGAAUUACUGAUAAUCAUCCACAGUUUCAGAUUGAAAUUAGAGGGGUUGGUGGCUUUGUGUCAGGGGGGAGAACCCACAGACUUGAUCCAAUGAAAGUGAUCCAGAAUUAUCUUGACAAGCGCAAACUUCGUCUCUCGGAUUUCUUCCGAAACAUGGACAAAGCAGGAAAUAUGAGCGUGCCUGUGUCUGACUUCCGAAGAGCUUUACAGCAAUUCAACAUUCCAUUGGACCUCAUCCAGGUUGAGGAACUUAUCAACAAGCUUGAUAAGGAAAAUACAGGAGCAAUUGACUACAGGAAUCUGGUUGACACCAGGAAGCAGAUGAUUCAGGAGCACAGGGAGCAGCUCCGCAAAGAAGACAGCAGGCAGAGGAAGGAGAAACAGAAGAUGCAGCGGGUGCUGAUGACGUUCAGAAAUGCAAUAAAGGCUGUCACCCCCCGUGGCUCUACUGUCAUUUCAUCGAGUCAGGUUAAGCUGCCAGACAUCCACCCACUCAAAACCUCUAGCUCCCAGCAUUUAAGCUCCACACUGCUAAGUCCAUGGCACCAUGUGGUGGUCUCAAGUAGCAGUCGGCACUCAAUGCCAACCCUGAAUAGUGUUCAGGUGCACCAGCAGUUGAGCCAUUCCAGAAAAAACCCAUUUGUUCCCACCGCCAGGGUGGGAUCUUCCCCUACAAUGCACCCAACUUUACAGCCCAAAUCACGUGUGCAUUCUCUGUCAUGUCCAAGUAUGAUCUCCAAUAUAGAGAGAAUUCCCGCGGCUGGGUCUAGCCCAGCUACUUCCUUUCACAUCAUACAAGCAGCACCGCUGAGGGAGAUAAAGACUAAAAGAUAG